UCCUCGUUCUGUAGAGCAACGGAGCUGAACUGCGAUUGGUCGGUCUGGGUUUUACAGGAGCCAGUGAGAAGGUACCACCAUAGCCGGUGCGUUUGACGGCAUGCUUACUGAAUGGAGAAUCCAGAAAGAAAAUGUGCACGUCGUGCUUCGAGACAACACACGCAACAUGGUGAAGGCGAUGGAGGAGUGUGGCGUUAAAAGCCUAGGCUGUAUGGCUCAUCUGGGGCAGUUAGCAGUGCACGAUGCCGUACUAAGCCAGCGAAGCAUCGUUGACUCUUUGACUAUAGCGAGAAAAAUAAUUGGACAUUUCAAAAGCUCCUCCCUUGCUACCUCUCGGCUGAGAGACAUCCAGAGAGAGAUGGGAAUGAAGACCAAGAGGCUACAACAGGACGUCCCGACGUGCUGGAAUAGCACAUUCCUGAUGAUGACAUCUCUACUGGAACAGAAGCGCGCACUGGUCAUGUACGAUUCUGACCACGGACUGCCUGUAUCUCUCGACACAAACCAGUGGAGUCUCAUUGAGAAAAUGACCACACUCCUGGCACCGUUUGAAGAAUUGACGAGAGAGAUUAGCUCGCAUACAGCUACAGCUGCUGACGUGAUCCCGUCUGUUGUGGCACUUAAGCGUUUUCUGAACAAGACAGCCAAAACCGACAGUGGGGUGAAAACAACCAAGUCUGCACUGCUUGAAGCUGUGAACAAGAGAUUUGAAACCACUUUUUCCGAGCAAAUCUACUACUUGGCAACAAUCCUGGACCCCAGGUAUAAAGAUCGCUACUUUGACGCAGAUCUCAAGCAAGCAUUGAAAAACAAGCUAGAGAAAGAAGUGGACAAGAUGACAGCAUCAGUGACAACCAGCACUGGUGCCACAGAUGGGCCUACACCAAAGGCAGAAGACGCCGAGCUAGAAGGUGAACCACAAAAAAAGAGGAUGUGUACGCCAAGUGAAGGGCAUUCGUUCCUGGACAUGUUCAAUGAAAUCCUGGAGGAAAAGGAGCAGGAUGAACAGGCAACAGGUCCAACGAGUUUGCAGGUGCAUGGUUACCUGAGUGAGCCCACCAUCCCCCGAAACAUGAGCCCACUGCAGUACUGGCAAAGCAACAUGAGCCGCUUCCCUGCCCUCGCCCCAGUGGCACGCAAGUACAUGUCUGCUCCAUGUACUAGCGUGGAUGGUGAACGUCUCUUCUCUGCCGCUUCAAAUGUUAUUAGUGAAAAGAGAAAUAGGAUCGGUACAGAGAGAGCAGAAAUGCUCCUGUUUGUUAAGCACAACAUUUGUCUGCUUUCAAAGCCCGGAAAGGCCAAGGUUUAGGCUUAACUCUAAAGUACAUGGAAGUUUUAAAAAGUACUUCUGUACUUACAGUUCACAAGACUGCAAAAACCAGUGUCUGUUCAGUCCUGUUUGUUCUGGCUCCAUUUUCACAUUUUGCCUUUUCCAAUUCAGUACUUAGUUACUGUACUUACAGUUCAGAAGACUGCAAAAAAUAGUGUCUGUUCAGUGCAGUUUGUUCUGGCUCCAUUUUCACAUUUUACCUUUUGUAUU